GCCGCACCCAAGCGUCGCAUUUCUUCUCUCCGUAGUGCGCUCCCCACCAGGCCUCUCCCAGUUGAAGCAAGCAAGCAGCGCCGGAUCGGACUCCCACCCCGUCCGCCUCGCUAGAUCGGCGAUCUAUCCGCAGGAGUCGGACGGGCGGCGAUGGCGUCGUCGCAGGCCAACCUCGACAAGAUGCAGCUCCGCCAGAGCUACCGCAACCUCUGGCACACCGAUCUCAUGAGCACCAUCCAGGCCGACUUCCCCUACUGCUGCCUCGCACUGUGGUGUGGACCAUGCGUCUCGUACAUGCUUCGCAAAAGGUCUCUCUAUAAUGACAUGUCAAGAUAUGUCUGUUGUGCUGGCUAUAUGCCAUGCAGCGGAAGGUGUGGUGAAAGCCGAUGCCCAGAGUUCUGUCUUGCAACUGAGGUGUUUCUUUGCUUUGGCAAUUCAGUUGCGUCAACCCGCUUCUUGCUGCAAGACGAAUUCAACAUACAGACAACUCAGUGCGAUAACUGCAUCAUUGGCUUCAUGUUCUGCCUUCAACAACUUGCUUGCAUAUUCUCUAUAGUUGCAGCCAUUGUUGGUAGUCAGGAACUUUCCGAGGCUUCCCAGAUCCUUUCCUGCUUGUCUAAUAUGGUCUACUGGACGGUUUGUGCCUGUAUGCAGACACAGCACAAAAUUGAAAUGGACAAGAGGGAUGGGAAGUUCGGCCCACAGCCUAUGGCAGUGCCUCCGGUGCAACAAAUGUCACGCAUCGAUCAACCUAUCCCGCCUCCUGCUGGAUAUGCACCACAACCAGCAUACGGGCAACCUUAUGGUGGCUAUCCACCACCUCCUGCUCAAGGUUAUCCUCCAGCUGGUUACCCCGCGGCAGGUUACCCCCAGGGUGGUGCAUAUCCUCCACCUGGUGCAUACCCUCCACCUGGUUCUUACCCCCCACAAGGUUCCUACGCCCCUCAGGGUUACUAUGGCAAGUGAAGAACACGCAACAAUUGGAGAUGUGCCUUCGAUAGGUAACCAAAAUAUUGUGAACAUGUAAACAGUAGGACUCUUGUAGUGUUAUAGUUGAUGUUGGGACACUGGCUGCUCUGUGGUAAACGGUGAACGAGAUUUGAAUUUCCUAGGAUGAAACCAUCAGUGGCUUGUGUUGAGUAUAUUCUUCAAAUAAGGAACGACUGUGAAUCGUGAGUCGGAAAGCUGUAUUUGAAUUUGACGAUACCGUUGUUCAUGGAGAUUGUUGGUUGUCUGUUUUUGACAAAUGAUUGACAACUGGAGCGUGUCCGAGUCAUGUAAAAACCUGAAUAUUGUGGUUCUGAAUUUACUUCACUUUAUAUUAGAAUCACAACUUUAUGACA